AUGUCGCGUUUCAGCAUUCCCAUCGAUGCGCUAACCUCGCGGAUGAACUUUGGCGGUCGCUUUGACAGCCUGCGCUCCACGUCGGUCUCGUCGCGCUUCGCCAAUUUGCGACCCAUUAGCGAGUUUUUCGAUGUCAAGCGCAUGUCCAAGCCCGCCAACUUUGGCGAAGUUCAGAGCAGAGUCAACUACAACUUGGGCUACUUCUCAAGCAACUAUGCCGCUGUCUUCGUCAUGCUCAGUAUAUACAGUUUGCUCACCAACUUGAUGCUCCUUUUUGUCAUCUGUCUGGUUGUCGGAGGCAUGUACGGUAUCGGCAAGCUCGAGGGCAAUGAUCUCGAACUUGGCAGCUGGCGCGCAACCACUUCUCAACUAUACACCACGCUGUUCGUUAUUGCAAUUCCUCUCGGUCUCUGGGCCUCACCCUUCACCACUGUUCUCUGGCUCAUCGGAGCGACUGGUGUGACUGUCGUGGGCCACGCCGCAUUCAUGGACAAGCCAAUCGAGUCAGCUUUUUCCGAGGAGGCGGUCUAG